AAAGAAGGCGACGCCCGGUCAGUGGCAAGUCAGUUGUGAUCAGCGAGUGCGUCGGGAACAAAGUGUGCGCGUGUGCCCAGUGUGUGAUCUCUGUCCGAACAUAUCUUCUUCUCCAUCACGACUGUGAACAUGUCGGGACUCCAACAGAUCGCGUUCCUGGCGCUGUCGGCGACCCUCGGCGUCGCCCGAGCAGGCUACCUCAGCAACUACCCCGGGGGCUACAGCGGCUACGGCGGCAUCAGCGCCGUGAGUCCGGCCGCCCUCAACUACGCCGCCGCCCCGCUGCCCGCUCUGGCCAGCCCGUACCACGCCGCCCCUGCCUACGCCGCCGCCCCCGCCUACCACGGAGCGGACUACUAUGCGCCGCCCAAGUACGCAUUCAACUACGGCGUAAACGACCCGCACACGGGCGACCACAAGAGCCAAUGGGAGGAGCGUGAUGGGGACGUAGUCAAGGGCGAGUACUCUCUGGUCGAGCCCGAUGGCACCAUCCGCACCGUGUCCUACACCGCUGACGGCCACAACGGCUUCAACGCCGUCGUCACCAAGUCGGGGAAGGCCGUUCACCCGCCCCCCGCCCCUGUGCACGCCCACGCCUCCGCUCUCCAUCUCCCUGUGCCCCUCCCUCUGCACGGAGGCCACCCCCACCAGCCCAUCUAUGAAGCAGCGUAUCCGGCGUACUGAGCGGGGGCAAGAGAAAAACACGAACUCAUGUGAAGCCAGCCGUGGAGACCAAAUAUUGAAAGCUCGAGUCUGUCGAGUCUCUUCAUAAGAACUUACACCGGCGUUGUGUGUGCAUGCUUCACAAUGGAUUCUGUCUAGCUCUCACUGACACCAUGAACACUGGGAGAGAUGGAAUUCAUUGAGAAAUUGUUUUGUACGACACUAAGUCAAAAUAAAAUGGAAAUUGUCCACCUCCAA